CGGGGUGGGGGUGGGGGUGGAGGAGAGAUUUGAACAUCGGAAUAAACUCUGGAAGCGUUGUUACUUUAGCCAUAGUACAGAGUUAACAUCACACACUCACACACUCAUCCUCAUCGGGCCCGUGAGGACUGUUGAGGCACAACAAGGUAUAAAACCAACCUCGAACUUCAAACACUUUUUCCGCAUACAGAUCACCUCAAAAGUGAACGUUUCUUUUGUUACUGGCGACCAUCGAUUAUCAAAAUUCCCGGUGAUUCUACCUCAAAAACGAAGGCCUUGUUCUUUCGCCCCUGUUCUCUGUUGUGAGAACCUGGGGUUCUCUGAUCUUCUCUCAGUCUGCUUGCCAAGUUUCAAUCUGAUUGGGCAGCAAAAAAAACAGAAGGGAAACAAGCCAAGGCUAGAUCUUUUCAAAAAAGCUCAAAGGCACUUAAAACACAAACAAGCAAACGAAGGCCGAGGCGCAAGCGAAUGAAUAAUGACAACCGAAAACGGACUGGACUCUAUUAGAUAGUUUCCAGAUCCUUUUCUGCUGGUGGACGAAGACAGAGCGUGGCUACACAGCACUACCUCGUUCGCAUGUACCUGGUAAACAUGGCGGAACGAAGGGUGAAGUUGUUGUCGCUGUCUUUAAAUCAAAUACGAUGAAAAUUAGGGAUGCCAGAUGGCAGCUGCGGUUAAUUCAAAUGCAAGUUUAGAACGUGAGCAACAAGGGCAAGAUGUUUUUCAGGGUGCUGAGCCUGGAGCCGGAUCAGUUGACCAUGAACCACUCCUGUAUGUGCAGUCUGAUGAAGAACUUGAUGUUUCUGUGGAUGAAAUCUGUACUGAUCCUGAAUCCAGAACAUCUGCUCAUUCAGAUGUAAGCCUAGCUUCUGGACUCAUUUCCAAUUUAAGCAGUCAUGGAUCUCCAGAGGGAGCAAUAUUUGACGUCCCUGGUGGUAUGCCCAAAGUUGGAACUCCUGAUCAGGAUGAAAAUUUCCAUGAAAUUUCUUAUACUGUACAGACAGAGGCGACAGGUGAUGUGGAUGGUCCAGUUGAGAUGAAAAUGAGUCUACUGAAUGUUGAAGAUGAACAAGAAGAGGCACGUAAGACAAGAGCUGAGAGUGUACGAGAAAUCACCAGAGAGGCAUCGGUGGAAGAUGUAAAUAAUCCUGAAUGGACUCGGCACAAGAAGCAUGUUUUUGCUUUUAGUGAGGCUGGCAAGCCAAUUUACUCUAGGUAUGGUAGUGAGGACAAACUGGCGACUCUCAUGGGUGUUAUGCAAGCUUUAGUUUCUUUUGUCCAGGAUGGCAAAAAUACAAUNACUGCUUGGCUUUACAGAUCAGUUGACCAUGAACCACUCCUGUAUGUGCAGUCUGAUGAAGAACUUGAUGUUUCUGUGGAUGAAAUCUGUACUGAUCCUGAAUCCAGAACAUCUGCUCAUUCAGAUGUAAGCCUAGCUUCUGGACUCAUUUCCAAUUUAAGCAGUCAUGGAUCUCCAGAGGGAGCAAUAUUUGACGUCCCUGGUGGUAUGCCCAAAGUUGGAACUCCUGAUCAGGAUGAAAAUUUCCAUGAAAUUUCUUAUACUGUACAGACAGAGGCGACAGGUGAUGUGGAUGGUCCAGUUGAGAUGAAAAUGAGUCUACUGAAUGUUGAAGAUGAACAAGAAGAGGCACGUAAGACAAGAGCUGAGAGUGUACGAGAAAUCACCAGAGAGGCAUCGGUGGAAGAUGUAAAUAAUCCUGAAUGGACUCGGCACAAGAAGCAUGUUUUUGCUUUUAGUGAGGCUGGCAAGCCAAUUUACUCUAGGUAUGGUAGUGAGGACAAACUGGCGACUCUCAUGGGUGUUAUGCAAGCUUUAGUUUCUUUUGUCCAGGAUGGCAAAAAUACAAUAAGGUGUAUAAUGGCAGGCAGUCAUAAAUUUGUAUUCUUAGUUAGAGGUCAUGUUGUUUUAGUGGCUGUGGCAUACACACAGGAGUCAGUCACUCAGUUGGUACUACAGUUGUCCUAUGUUUAUAAUCAAAUCCUUAGUGUUUUAACUUAUACUCAACUAGCAAGAAUAAUGGAACAACGAAGAAAUUAUGAUCUUAGAAGACUCUUAUCAGGAACAGAGAAAUUUAUAGAUAAUUUAUUGAAUUUAAUGGAUCAUGAACCCAGCUUUCUGUUAGGAUCGGUAAGGUGUUUACCACUUUCAAGUUCUGUUAGAGAAACCAUUGGUCAGAGCAUGCUUCAAGCGCGAGUCAAGGACCUGGUAUUUGCCAUUUUAGUUGCUAAUAAUCAGUUGAUCACGUUGAUCAGACCAAAGAAGUACAGCCUGCAUCCUUCAGAUCUUCACCUCAUCUUCAACCUAGUCAGUGCGUCCACGUCAUUUCAAACUGCGGAGUCCUGGACUCCAAUUUGUUUACCGCGCUUUGAUAACAGGUGAGUAAAUAACAUAACAGUGUACAAGUACUUUGGAUUAAGUACGAAAUCUUGCCUGAGAAUCAUCCACAUCGCCGACUUUUGGCAAGGAUGCUAAUAAGUACAUAGUAGGGACCUUAAGCACCGACGACGACGAGCCCAGAGGACGACGACCGGAAGUCCUCUGGGCUCAUAUAUUCGUGCAAUUUUCGACAUUGAUUUUUAUUAUAACUAUAGGAGAAGAGGAUUCAAGAUGGCGGACGGACGCUUUGUCACGAGCUCUUGGCUUCUGUUUCUUUUUCUCCUGUUAUAUAUCAUCUGCCUCUUCCAGGAUAACAGGCAUGACCUAUUAACCGAAUUUCAGCACCGUAAAUUAUGUGUUAUGCCAUCCUGUCGACUGAAAGUGGAAAGCUGGACAUUCAUCCACCGAAGGCCACGAGUCACAGCAUGGAAGACUGUUAUGAAUGUCUUAACACGGGUUAAAAGAUCAAAGGCGACCACGGCUU